UUGCAAUUUCGUAUCACUAGUCUCAGUGAAUCCUAUUUAGUUAUAUUUCAGUGGCACGAUGAUGGCACACAGGAGAAAACUCCGGAUGAAAUCGGCAAAGAAGUGAAUCGAACGCUCGAACUACUGACGCCACCACCUGAGAGCGAUGAGUCAACUUCGGAGGGUCCUGAUACUAUGAAAAAGACCACAGCGGUCGGAGGGACUUCGGAGAGCAGAGCUGAUAAAGGAUCCCCUCGUACGACAACAGGCCAAGGAGUGACGUUCCCAGAAGAAGUUACGCACCGACCUAGGAAGGGACAAAGUCAGUUGUGUUCAUUGUGGACGCUUCAUCGCCUGCAGCGAAAGAAGGAUGGAAGAACAAAUACUUUGAUAGAAUAUGUAUCGGCUGGCACGGAUCUAGCUACAUAUCAAGCGUACGAGUUAGCUAAAAACCUUCUUCUCAAAGAAGAAAGCAAACAUAAAAGUGUGAUCAUUAUCUCAAAUGGUCAAAGUACCACGUGCCGCAAACCUGGAGUUGAAGCAGGGGAUGAGAAGAAAAUUGCCGAAAAGUGGCACGAUGAUGGCACACAGGUGAUUUAUCUCGGCAUCGGAGAGCCCGUGAACAAAACGAAUAUGGAGACGAUUGCGAAUGGGACGGAUAAUGUGAUAGGUAUACCUGACAUCACAGAGGUCAGCCUACUGUUUGUACUCAAGCAGCUUCACAAACCAAUUACUGAUAUUCAGGAGAAAACUCCGGAUGAAAUCGGCAAAGAAGUGAAUCGAACGCUCGAACUACUGACGCCACCACCUGAGAGCGAUGAGUCAACUUCGGAGGGUCCUGAUACUAUGAAAAAGACCACAGCGGUCGGAGGGACUUCGGAGAGCAGAGCUGAUAAAGGAUCCCCUCGUACGACAACAGGCCAAGGAGUGACGUUCCCAGAAGAAGUUACGCCACCGCCUAUAGGUGAACCGUUGGAGAAGGGAAAAAGUACCACGAAGGACGUCUCGGAAGGCGGAACUGAUGAAGGAUCCCAAGGUGGGACAACAGGCAAACGUGUGACGUUCCCAGGAGAAAGCACAGAAAGUGGCACCACCAAACCGUCGGAGAAAGGAGCCACGGAGGACGACAGCCGCAAACGUAGCACAACGAAGGAAGGACCAGAAAUUGGAAAGACACCAUUCCCCUUGCCGCCAGACACGACAUCUGAAGGGACAAAGUCAGUUGUGUUCAUUGUGGACGCUUCAUCGCCUGCAGCGAAAGAAGGAUGGAAGAACAUAGUCGAACUUGUGGUGGGAACGGCAAAAGGGCUGAAGAAUGCGAGAGAAGCGGUUGUGGUUAUAGCUUGUCCGGCUGAAAUCGUCGUGCCCAUGGGCACCCACUCCUCAUUGAAACUGAGAAAUACUUUGAUAGAAUAUGUAUCGGCUGGCACGGAUCUAGCUACAUAUCAAGCGUACGAGUUAGCUAAAAACCUUCUUCUCAAAGAAGAAAGCAAACAUAAAAGUGUGAUCAUUAUCUCAAAUGGUCAAAGUACCACGUGCCGCAAACCUGGAGUUGAAGCAGGGGAUGAGAAGAAAAUUGCCGAAAAGUGGCACGAUGAUGGCACACAGGUGAUUUAUCUCGGCAUCGGAGAGCCCGUGAACAAAACGAAUAUGGAGACGAUUGCGAAUGGGACGGAUAAUGUGAUAGGUAUACCUGACAUCACAGAGGAGAAAACUCCGGAUGAAAUCGGCAAAGAAGUGAAUCGAACGCUCGAACUACUGACGCCACCACCUGAGAGCGAUGAGUCAACUUCGGAGGGUCCUGAUACUAUGAAAAAGACCACAGCGGUCGGAGGGACUUCGGAGAGCAGAGCUGAUAAAGGAUCCCCUCGUACGACAACAGGCCAAGGAGUGACGUUCCCAGAAGAAGUUACGCCACCGCCUAUAGGUGAACCGUUGGAGAAGGGAAAAAGUACCACGAAGGACGUCUCGGAAGGCGGAACUGAUGAAGGAUCCCAAGGUGGGACAACAGGCAAACGUGUGACGUUCCCAGGAGAAAGCACAGAAAGUGGCACCACCAAACCGUCGGAGAAAGGAGCCACGGAGGACGACAGCCGCAAACGUAGCACAACGAAGGAAGGACCAGAAAUUGGAAAGACACCAUUCCCCUUGCCGCCAGACACGACAUCUAAUAAAACAAAAUCAGUUGUCUUCAUUGUGGACGCUUCAUCGCCUGCUUUGGUAGCUGCAUGGGAACAGGUGAGUCGCUCUGAGUAG